AUGGAGCUUCUUGGGGUUUCAUCUGCCCAGAGUCUACAGUGUCUGUCUGCCUUACUAUCCACUCAGCAGGAGGAAGAGGAGGAUGGAAACUGUGAAAAUGUUUCAGUGUGUGCACAGCUGGGUCCUGGACAUAUUGGCCCCCAACCCAAAAAAGUUAAAGAAACAUCGAGCGCUUAUAUGAAGAAGAACAGUAAAGACAUCUGGAGUGAGGAAGAGGUGGCUGAGGGUGCCCACUUUGAAGAUUUGGCUGACCCGCGCCCACAGCCUGAGUACGAAAUUAUCCUGAAACAGAGUGUGGGAACAGAGGAUCUGUUUCUGGGUUUAAGCAGAAAGGACCCUUCAUCUAUGUGCUGUGAAGCAAUGCUGGUGAAAAUCAAACUGCCCGACACCAAAGCAACAGAUGUAAUCCUUGAUGUAAAAGAGAAGUUCCUUGAUCUGCGGACGCCAAAGUAUAAACUGGGCCUCCAUCUGCCCCACCCCAUCCACAGUCAGGAGGGCAGGGCUCAGUUUUUCAGCAGCAGGGGGGAACUGGAGGUGACUCUUCUGAUGAAACGCCCCAUGGACUUCAUCAACAUGCAGUAG